AUGCCGGCUCUGUAUGCGGGUUUGACUGGCCGGGCCGUCGAAAUGGCCCCGCAUCUAGCUAAACGCAGUCUGACAGUGAACCAUACCCAGGCGGUCACGCUGGGAAUUAUGGCCGUCUAUGUGGUUGUGAUCGCGCUGCUAUGGAAUCUACCAUACGUUCGCUGGUCGCUGUGGCCGUUCAAGGUAAAUCACACUCCUCCCCAAACCACGAACCAAAAGUGGAUGCCUGGAGUUAACAAGAACCAAGAUGCUGGUGGUAAAGUCAAGUCGAUCUCGCUCGACCCCCAUGAGGGUGGCGUGACCCACAUGCAAGGCGGCAUCAGCGCCAUUACUCUGCCCGCGGGUUAUCUGGGCUCCUCUAUUAUCGGUGCACUGUUGAUCUUUGCGGGAUUUGACAUUGUUGCCAGCAAGGUGGCAAGCAUAGUCCUCGGCGUCUGCUUUCUCCUGACUAUAUGGUGGGCUCGGAAAGAUUGGUUGACUAUCCUUACAAUCCUCCUCGCGGUCGGUCUGCUGGUGGCAUGCUGGUUCAUCGCCCAUGGUGAAGCCCUAAGAUGGGUUGUGCUUUUCAUUGGCGUCAUGUCUGCCCUCUACAGUGUUUGGGAUAUUUGCGAUGAUCUUAUCCUGCGUAAAGUAAACACGUCGGAUGCAAGCGUUUUUGCCCAGAGGUAUGGAGGAUCUUCUCAAUGCUGGGGUGUGGUUUGGUCUAUUAUCUCGCUCCUCUUCAUGGCAGUCGGUAUCAUUGGUGGAAUCGCGGCCUUCUCUGAAUCAUUCAGCCAGCAGGAGAGUGACUCUAAGCAUUUCAUCCCCACUUUAUGA